GCGACGGCAGGGCGUGGUGCUGACCCCCGCGCCGCUCUCCCAGUCCAGCAGCGUCCGCGCGUCCGCCCCCCCUCCCGUCGCAGCCGGCGGUGGCUGGGCGCUGCCGCCGCUGAACCAGUUCAUGACGCUGCCCAGCCGCUUCCUGGCCUCCCGCUUCGGCGCGGCAGACGCAGCAGGGGACGCAUCAUCCAGACGCAGCAGGAGCGGCGCCGCGCUCGACAACCUGCUCAACGACUCGGACGACGACUGGGCCCCGACGCGCGACCACUUCGUGCUGCCCCACAUGGUGCACUUCCAGGACGUCUACGAGCGCGACGGCGGCGCGGACUCGGGCGCGGACUCGGGCGCGGGCCCCACGCAGCAGCCAGUGUCGAUCGACUUGACGGUCUCAUCCUCGGAGGACGAGGGCGACGACGCCCAGAGCCGCCCGAGCGCGAGCGGAGCCGAUGCAGCAGACAGUGAUGACAUCAUCGAGAUCGUGGAAGUCUCGGGGGGCUCUGGGCCCCCGCCGCCGGCGCCGCUGCGACGGAAGCGACGUCGGCCAGCGCCGGGGAACGCGGUGACCAAGCGCCAGCACCUGACGGACAUCACGCACAGCGCCGAGUCCACGAGCGUGAGCAUGCACAACAACGAGCAGCUGGAGAAGUUCAAGGCCGCGCUCAAGUGCAGCAUCUGUCUGGAUGUGAUAGAGGACAUCACGUCCACCACGUGCGGCCACAUCUUCUGCGGCGGCUGCAUCCACCAAGCAAUCCGCGCGAGCGGCAAGUGCCCACUGUGCCAACGUCGUUUGUACCCCAAGGACACACAUCGGCUCUUCUUUUGA